AAGGAGAAGAAGGACAAGAAGGUCAAGGAACCCAAAGACAAGAAGACAGAGGAGGAGGAGACUGCUGGCAUGACACAGGAGGAAAAGGAUCUUUACAACUUCUUCAAGAGCCAAGGCGAGAACCUCGAGAGUGAAGAUGAGGAGGACGAAGACAAGGACAAGGAGGACGAGGAUGAAGACGAUGAAGACAAGGACGAAGAUGAUAUCGAGGAGGACGAGGAGGAGGAGGAUGAGGAGGAGGAACAGAAGCCCAAGCGGCUAACCGACAACUCUCUAACACUCUUCAUUCGCAACCUACCAUACACCACCACCGAUGAGCAGCUGAAGGCGCACUUUACCCGGUUCGGCGGCAUCAGAUACGCCCGAGUUGUCAAGGACAAGGCCACCGACAGGCCAGCCGGUACCGGUUUCGUGUGCUUUUUCAACGAGGAGGAGAUGAAGGCCUGCCUCAAGGGCGCCCCCCGCCAUCAACCUACCACCACACUCGUCAAGCACUCCAUCCUUCAAGACGAGACCGUCGAUCCGGAGGGCAAGUACACGCUCGACGGGCGCAUCCUUCAAGUCGCCCACGCCGUCUCCAAGGACGAAGCCGAGCGUCUCGCCGAGGCCUCGGCCGGUAAGAAGGACAAGGACAAGAGACGCCUGUACCUCCUGAACGAGGGCCAAAUCACACCCUCAUCUACGCUCUUCAAGGUCCUUACCCCGGCCGAAAUCAAGAUGCGCGAAGCGUCGGCCAACCAGCGCAAGAAGCUGAUCCAGUCCAACCCGUCGCUGCACCUGUCGCUCACCCGUCUCGCGCUGCGCAACCUGCCGCGCAACAUUGGGUCGAAGGAGCUCAAGGCGCUCGCGCGCCAGGCCGUCGUCGGGUUCGCCAAGGACGUCAAGGAAGGCAAGCGCGCGCCCAUCUCCAAGGAAGAAAACUCGCGCGGUGGUGAGCAAGACAAGGAGAACGAGCGCCUCCGGAAGCUCAAGGGCAAGGGUGUCGUCAAGCAGGCCAAGAUCGUGUUCGAGACGACCACGGGCACCAAGGUGGACGAAAAGGUCGGUGGCGGCAAGUCGCGUGGCUACGGCUUCAUCGAGUACUCGUCGCACCGCUGGGCGCUCAUGGGCCUGCGCUACCUGAACGGGUUUGCCGUCAAGAACGAGCUGGGCAAGACGCAAAGGCUGAUUGUCGAGUUCGCGAUCGAGAACGCGAACGUGGUGCAGCGGAGGAGACAGGGUGAGGAGAAGCAAAGGACGAUGACGCCCGCGGAAAGGAAGGCAGAGAUGGAGGAGAAGAAGAGAUCCAAGGAGGCCAAGGAGGCAUACAAGGCUGGAAGGAAGGCGGAUAGGAAGAAGGGCGCUAAGCCUGAGAAGCCUGCUGGGUGGAACAAGGGCAAGGAUAAGAAGGGCCCGGCUGAGGUGACCAAGGCCGCAGGCGCCGCUCCGGCGAAGGAGGUGAAGGCUGAAGAUAUCAAGGUGGAUAAGAAGGGCAAGAAGAGUGAGAUGGUCAAGGAGGCCCUCAUGACCAAGAUCCUGGCGAGGAAGAGGCAACAGAGGAAAAAGAAGGCUAACAGGGGCAAGAAAUAAGCUUGGGCUCUUGGAGUUUACCUAAUGUAGGGAGAAAGAGUGUUUUUUUUGCUGCUGGCCCGGAAUGUUAAAUCUUUUAUGUCAUUACCAAGGCCUUUCCUGUUUGCUAUCUAAGUAUACCUUUAUCACGAUCAAAAGCAAUCCCUCAGCGUUUUCCAACACCUCUCAGUCUAUUUCCGCCGUGGACACUAGUGAAAUCUCGGUUGC